AUGAAUCAGUUGGCAUUCACUGUUAACUUGCCAUUUUGUGGUCCUAACCAGGUGGACAGUUUUUUCUGUGAUCUCCCACUGGUGACCAAGCUAGCUUGCACAGACACUUAUGUUGUUAGCUUACUAAUAGUUGCAAACAGUGGAGUUCUCAUCGUGUGUACAUUUGUUUUCUUGGUCAUCUCCUACACUGUGGUUCUCAUUACUGUUAGGAAUCGCUCCUCUGCUAGCAUGGCCAAGGCCCGAUCCACCCUAACUGCUCACAUUAUUGUAGUUGUGCUUUUCUUUGGACCAUGCAUUUUCAUCUAUGCAUGUCCCUUAAAUGGCUCUUCAGUUGACAAAGCCCUUGCUGUGUUCUAUACCAGUGUCACACCCAUUUUAAACCCACUUAUCUACACUCUUAGAAACAAAGAGAUGAAAGCAGCUAUGUCAAAGCUGAGGGGUCGUUAUUUGAAACCUAGGCAGGUUUCUGAACUGAUAAGAAAUGUUCUUUUUCUGUAA